AUGUCGCAGGACCUGGAGAAGCAGAUCCCCAUCCGCGAGGAGCCAGAGUCCGAACCUCAAGAAAGUCUUGUUGUCCCCAUCGACAAAGAUGUCUCGGCUUCACCUACCGAGAAGUCGUCGCUCGAUCAGCCCGCCCAAAAUGAGACUCCAAAGCCUGCCAACCCGUGGAUGGACCCGUCUUCGUUUCCGGACGGUGGUGCACAAGCCUGGCUCACGGUGGCUGCCGCCAGCGCCUGCUUUUUCGUUUCCUGGGGAUGGAUCAACUGUAUCGGAGUCUUCCAAGACUACUACAUGCGCGCCGAGUUGAAGCAAUACUCACCCAGCACCGUUGCCUGGAUUCCGUCGCUAGAGACAUUCUUUAUGCUCGCCACGGGACCUGUGGCCGGCUUCAUCUUCGACAACUAUGGCCCCACCAGGCUGCUCAUUGCCGGUAGCUUUCUGCAUGUUUUCGGCUUGAUGAUGGCCUCCCUCUCCACAGAAUACUAUCAGUUCCUCCUCAGCCAGGGCGUUUGCAGUGCCAUUGGUGCCUGUUGCAUCUUCACCCCGGCCGUCUCGUGUGUCUCGACAUGGUUCUUUCACAAACGUGGUAUGGCCAUUGGGAUCACCGCUGCAGGCAGCUCUCUCGGCGGUGUCCUGUUUCCCAUCAUUGUUAGUCGCAUGAUCGAGGAGACAGGGUUUCCGUGGGCCAUGCGGACCUGCGCCUUUCUCAUUCUGGGCCUCUGCACCUUUGCCGUCUUCACGCUGCGCUCUCGGUUCCCUCCGUCUCGGCGUCCUUGGAGCAUCAUGGCCUUCGUCCGGCCCCUCAAAGAAGUCCCCAUGAUCCUGCUCACUCUUGCCACUUUCUUCUUUUACUGGGGCAUGUUCCCGGUAUUCUCCUUCGUCACAGCCGUGGCCAACGGCAGGGGAAUGUCGCUCGAGCUAGCUCAGUACCUCGUUUCCAUCCUGAAUGCUGGUUCUGUCUUUGGCCGGACAUUACCAGGGUUGUUGGGUGAUCGAGUUGGGCGCUUCAACGUCAUGACCGUCUUCUGCACUCUGACGGCCAUUUUGAUCCUGGCGGUGUGGAUCCCCGCCACGAGCAACGCAGGCCAACUCGUGUUUGCCCCGUUGUUUGGUUUUGCCUCCGGUGCUGCCAUUGGGCUGACGCCUGCUCUGAUUGCACAAGUUUCCCCGAUCAGGGAGAUUGGUGUGCGGACAGGCACGGUCUUUGCCGCGGGUUCGAUAGGGGCGUUGACGGGGUCGCCAAUCGGAGGUGCCUUGAUCACUCGCGAUCACGGAGGCUUUCUGUACCUUCAACUAUUUGGCGGUUGUGUCUGUCUUGUUGGGUGUCUCUUCUUCCUCAUAGCUCGGAUAUACCUGGUUGGCACUGAUCUGAGGAAGAAAGUGUAG